AUGUCAGCUCCGCAACUAUUGGGUAUUAGGAUUUCGCGCAUGCGCACUGUGGAAUUCCUCGUCGUGAAUGGGGAGUCGCUCCUGGCAACAAGUCCCUCCUCUUCUCCGUCCGUUAGCGGAGGAGCAUGCGCGCUGACCCAUAUCUGUGGCUGCGAGAAGCUGCUUCCCGCCCGGGUAGUUUUCCGCCGGCUGUGCUGGUGAUGUGGAGGCCGUGACAGGCAAAAUGGCAAAAAGAGUAGCUGACAAGGAGCUGACUGACCGCAAUUGGGAUCAAGAGGACGAGGCAGAGGAAGCAGGAACGUUCUCUGUAGCAAGUAACGAUGUUCUGAAGCACAGGAAAUUAAGAAAGCAAAGAGAAGAAACCUUGGAAGUGAUUCUGAAAAAGGAGGAGCCUUCAAAAGCUUUCAAGGCUUGGUACCAUCUGCAGCAUCAUUUACUGGAUUUGGAAAUGCAGCUAAACCACUUCAAGGUCUGACCAAUGGAAAUGGUGGCACAUCCCUGUUUGGAAAUUCAAAGGCCGCAACUGAAAGCAAACCUGUUUUUGGGUCUUUCUUUGCAAAUGGCCCACCAACGUCCUUGUCCUCAACGAUAGAAGUAGCUUCCACCACCGCAAAAACAAACGGUGAAACGCCUUCAUCUACCUCUAGUCCUGCCCCAAUCAAGCCUGGCAGCUCCAGUGAUUACAACAAACAGUUAAUGUCCCUGAAUUGCGCUGUACGGGAUUGGAUAGUGAAACAUGUGAACGCCACACCAUUGUGUGACCUGACCCCAAUUUUUAGAGACUAUGAGAAACAUUUGGCUAGUAUUGAACAGAAGUACGGAACCAGCACAGACAGCGGAUCCGAAAGUGACAGCACUUCCAAAUCAACCCCCUCCAUUUCCACCCUUGUUUCUUCAAAAACAGAGGCCAAGCCAACCUUCUCUUUUGCAACCAAAGAAGAGAAGUCAGACCAGCCAGCAAAGUCUAAAACUGAGACGAAAACUGAAUCGGCUUCCCUUUUUUCCUUUAGCCAAAAGUCUGACACUGCAAAUUUCAAUUCGUUCGGUUCUGGGUCUGCAGCCACGUUUUCUUUUAAAGUAGGAGCUGUCAGUCUAAGUAAGGAUACAAGUAAGCAUAGUGCCGGAACGCCAUCAUUUUCCUUCCAGUCAGAGACAAGUACCAAGAAAGCGGAAACUGGUGGUGGAGAGGAGGAAGAGGCAGAAGAACCACCAAAAGUAGUUGUACAAGAAGUCAAAGAAGAUGAUGCUUUCUAUUCCAAGAAGUGCAAGCUCUUCUAUAAGAGAGACAACGAAUUUAAAGAAAAGGGUGUUGGCACACUUCACCUAAAACCAGUAAAAGACCAGAAAACCCAGCUGCUGAUUCGUGCUGAUACAAACCUUGGCAACAUCCUACUGAACAUUUUGGUGCAGCCUUCUAUGCCGUGCUCUAGAACAGGAAAAAACAAUGUGAUGAUAGUUUGUGUUCCUAACCCUCCUAUCGAUGAGAAGAACCCUACCAUCCCUGUCACUAUGCUGAUCAGAGUGAAAACCACAGAGGAUGCUGAUGAGCUGCACAAACUUCUCCUGGAGAAGAAGGGAGCCUAA